UAUAAGUAAGGGACUGGCAGAUAUAGCACUAGUAAUAACAAGAAGUUCCUUUGGAAUCUACUGCUGGUCCUCUCUCUACCAUGGGCAACUAAAUGAUGGAGGGGAUAAAGCACUGGUCCUGGAGUCAGAAAGCUGUGAAUUCAAAUUCAGCCUCAGUCCUUCACUAGCUGGAUGAUGCUAUAAAUGUCCCAAAGGAAAAUGCAGCUGCCCCUCUACCUGCUCCUGCUAGUGGCCUGGAUUCCAAAAGCUAUUUUCUGCCAAGAGCAAUCUAAUACUGAAGAGCAGACUACUCAGGCUAACCAUGGACUGGCCUACCACAAAAUAAGGCCAGCAAAUUCAGAAUUUGCUGGAAGAUUGUUAAAGUUCUUAGUUUCUGAAAAUCCUCACAAGAAUGUCUUCUUCUCUCCCUUGAGUAUUUCCACUGCCUUUGCCAUGCUUUCCCUGGGAGCUAAAACAUCAACCCUUACUAAUCUUUUGGAAGGGCUGGGUUUUAAUCUCACAGAGCUUCAAGAAAGGGAAAUCCACAAAGGUUUCCAAGAUCUUGUCCACCUACUGAACACAACAGAAGACAAAAUUCAACUGGAAAGUGGCAAUGGCCUCUUCAUUGAUAAUCAGCUGGAACCACUCCAAGGAUUCUUAGAUGAUGUCAAGAACUUAUAUGGAGCUGAAGUAUUUGCUGCAAACUUCAAAGAUUCUGAAGGUGCUAAGAAGCAAAUUAAUGAUUAUGUUGAUAAGAAAACACAUGGAAAAAUUCCAGAAUUACUCAAGAGUCUAGAUGCCAGCACAGUAAUGUUUCUCAUAAACUACAUUUUUUUUAAGGGAAAUUGGAAAAUCUCUUUUAAUCCCACCCUUACUGAGAUGCAGAAUUUUUAUGUGGAUAAGAACACGACAAUACAAGUGCCAAUGAUGAUGAAAAAGGAAAGAUUGUACUACAGCCGUGAGGAUGAAUUGUUCUCUUCAAUGGUUGUCCUGCCCUAUGAGGGGAAUGUCUGGUUAAUUUUAAUUCUACCAGAUGAAGGCAAAUUGGAGCAGUCACUGAAUUCUAUAAUCACUAAAGGAGGAAUAACAUGUUCUAGAUUUACCAAAAAAAGGAAGGUGAAUAUUUAUCUGCCCAGGAUCUCAAUCUCCACCACUUAUGAUCUUGAAGAAGUGCUUCCCAAAAUUGGCUUACGAGAUGUGUUCACUAAUGAUGCAGACUUCUCAGGCAUCUCCACACAAUUCAAACUACAAGUUUCCAAGGUAUUACAUAAGGCGGCAUUUGAAGUGAAUGAAAAUGGCACCGUGGCAGCUGCUGCCACAGGCAUAGGAAUCCAGCGUUACAUAGCCUUUCAGCCUAUCAUCAUGAAUUUCAACAGACCCUUCAUUGUAUCCCUUAUGGAUACAAACAUUCACCAACACUUAUUUUUGGGGAAAAUUGUCAAUCCCACAGACAAAUAUUGAUGGAUUAAAGUUAGCUGUGACUCAGAAGCUACUGUUGCAAUAAAUAAAAAUAAUAACUACAAA